GGAAAGACCACAAACAGGCAUAAAAGUUGCACGACCGGAUUACGUACUGAAAAACGCACGUGUUGGAGUUGGUUUGAUUGAAGAUUUCUUUAGCAGCGAAGCGGUGAAGAGCGGAGAACUCGACAGUCUUUCGGCGAAAAAGAAAAACGUUCUAACGCAAGGUUCGGCACGAGCGGAAGUCCCGUUUUGCACGCCUUUCAGACUUUCAAGCAAAAAGCGUACCGGUUAAUGACAAAGGACGUUAAUAUGACUUCGGAAACAGCCAGUGUGCCACCACCCGCCGUCUGGGCUCAAAGAAGCGAUGUCAUAUAUCUAACGUUAAACGUAGAAUGCACCGAGCCGGAGAUCAAAUUCACCGAUGAAUCGUUGGUGUUUAGCGGAGUCGGAAAACCGGAAGGGAAAAAAUAUGAAUUAAAUGUUGAAUUUUACGAAAAAAUCAAUCCGGAAAAGGUUGCAACGAAGAAUAUCAAACGUUGCAUCGAAUUUGUCAUUGCCAAAGCGGAUUCUCAGACACCUUACUGGCCACGGCUGUUGAAAGACAAGACCAAACCACACUGGCUGAAGGUGGACUUUAACCGAUGGGAGGACGAAGGUUCCAAUGACGAAGAGGGAAAUAACGUUCCCGAUCUGGAAGACUUGCUGCGGAUGAGAUCGUCCGAAAACAAGAAUGAACUAUCCUUCGACGAUUUAAGCGAUGAGCCGGAGGGUGAUUCGGACGACGAAAGCAUCCCGGGGCUGACGGAUUCUUAAAUUCUGAACCUGCUUCGGAACGUCACGCAUACCCCCCGCCCGUGUAGCUGCAACCUACCACCCUGCCCAAACCCGCCCAUAUGUUGCGCGUUCACAGUGUCGUAUAUGGAAUGUAAUUGGGAUAAAUUGCGUGCCGUGUAGAGCGUGUUUUGUUUUCAUUCGCCACCUCUUCAAGCAGCGUCAUCAGCUAGAAUUAGGUACGGUCGCUGGAGUUGCGAGAACCGCCGGCUCUCGGACAGCAUACACACACAUACACUUAGGGACACACAGUUAAUAGGAAAGAAGGGUGUAGGAGUAAAGGAUCAAAAUGGCGCUCUUCUCCACUUGGUAGCAGGGAAACAGGAUAGACACUACGGAAAUGGGAAAUAUAAAAAUCAAUGGAAGUGAGGGGGGCGACGGAGAGGGAAAAUGAGAGAGAGUGUUCCAUACAAUAAUACUAUAGAAAUUAUCCUUAAACAACCAACCGACAAAACUCGUAUUGAAGUCAAAACAAACAAAAAAUACAACCAAAUGGAGUUUUGGGACGAAAGAUAA